AUGGGGAAAAGGGAAGGGAACUUACCUGUUGUGCGAGCGGUGCUGCUCGGCGACGAAGAAGCGGUGACGGCUGCGAAUUGUAGCGGCUAUGGACGGCGGCUGCGGAGACGAGAACUUGAGCUUGGUAUUGAGGGAAUGGUUGUGGUGAAUUUGGGGAAGAAUGGCGGUGGGAGAGAGAGGCAAAAACCCCCACAGUUUGAUGGACUGGGAGAACCAUCUAAGGCAGAGACCUGGAUACGCACCAUCGAGCGCAUAUUUGAUUUUAUGGAGUGCACCGACAAGGAACGCCUCGCUUGUGUGACUUUUCAAUUAACGGGGCCCACAGAUUUUUGGUGGGAUACCAAGCUAAGGACCAUGAACCCUGAACGCCGUGAAGCGCUUACUUGGGAGAUAUUCAAGGAAGAGGUGUACAAUAAGUACGUUCCCAUGAGCUAUAGGCGAGCAAAGGUAGUUGAAUUCCAUACUUUGAAGCAAGGGAAUAUGACGGUGACAGAGUACGACCGUGCACUGUGUGAAAUUACUCGAUAUGCUCCCGAGUUGGUGGAUACAGAUGAGAAAAUGGCAGAAAAGUUCCGUGCUGGUCUCAAGCACGAAAUAAGAGUAGCAGUGGCAAGUCGCAGAGGACUUUCAUAUUCUGAGAUUUUGGCUUGUGCAUUAGAUGUGGAAGAAGCGUUGCCUAAGGAGAUGACAGUAGCAAAUACUACACCAGUGCCACUUCAACAACAUAAUUUCUGA